AUGCUAGCAAAUAUGCAUGAAUAUGCAGAAAAGUUAAACCAAAUUCAACAAAGUGUUAACGAACCUAAGAAAUCGACAAGCGCAGCUAAGGCAAAACUUAAUGAAUGGAAACAGCAAUCAAUUCUAGAUAUUAAUCAAUGGAAAGAAAAAGAAAUGAAAAGUAUAGAAGAAAAAUACAAGAGUGGAUUAGAUGACGUUGAAACAGCUGAAUCACACAUAGAUGAUUUGGUGAAGGAGUAUAAAAAAAUGAAUCAACAAGAACUGGAUCGAACCAACACUCUGAUUGCUAAUUCUAUAAAAGACGGAGAAACUUCUCAUGCUGAUUCCGAUUUUAUUAGAUCGGUGAUAACAAAACACCAACAAAAAGCAUGUGAUUUACACAAAAAUAUUGAAAAAAAGUUCAAGAACUUAUAA